AUGCGUUCUUCGGUACCGAACGGAAGGGACGAUUCAGUGUACAUGAUGCAUUAUUUCUUUCUACGUGCUCUGCUUUUUACUCUUCUUAAUGUGGUUACACUUGCUACUUCAACAGUAAAACCACUGGCUGGUAACGAUAAUGCAAAGAACGCUCAGUGUACUAACGUGAACAACUACUUUUACGCUGGUCCAAAUACCAGAAAAAUCGAACAGCAACUGGCCGAAAUAAAAGAAGAAAUCAAAGCGCUGAAGCGGCAGGGAAAUCACGCUGGUUCUUCUAGAGGUAAUGGAUUGAAUACUAACUUGAGAGUUUAUUUCCAUUUAGUUAACUCUUGUUGAGGUUGUUUGAGAAUCGUAGUUAUUCAAGCCAUCUUUAUCUAAUCUUCCUGCUAACGCUACUACUAUGUGUAAUCAGCUAAAAAGGCCAAAACCACAAACAAAUCAUCAAAAAUUCAAAAUACGGCACAGCCCGUACCACUUCCCCUAAAGAAGGCAUUUCGUAGUAACACAGGAAUGAAAUAAGACAAUUUUUCUAUGGAAAAAAGGGAAGGCAUUUCGUUCAUUGCACCAUAGGUAUAAAAUGUUAAAAAUUGUUCCAAUGAAAAAAUCCAGCCCCUAGAACUAAACGAAGAGUUUUGCGCGUUGCAAUCACAAGGGAACCAGUCACAACAAUUGGAAUUUUAUGACUGUCUACUGCUAUUUGGAUGGAACCCCCUUCAUUCUUCCCUCCUCUCUUUAUCAUUUCUGGCUCCUUGCCUGCGGAACAACUCUAACUGGUUUUCCGCAUUCGUCUUUGAAGCUUUGCAUUCAAUCCUUCUAAUUCAAGUUACAUUCCACCAUGUUGUAGUUUAUAAGAACUGCGCCGACAUUUACAAGUCCGGUGCCAAGAUAAGUGGAGUGUACAAAAUCAAUCCUGAUGGUUUGGGCGAAUUUGAAGUGUACUGUGAUCAGAAAACAGCUGGCGGAGGUUGGACAGUGUUCCAGAAGAGGCAAGAUGGGUCUGUGGAUUUUUACCGUGCUUGGAAUGACUACAAACAAGGCUUCGGUAAUCUGAACGGUGAGUUCUGGCUCGGACUGGACAAGAUUAAUCGUCUGACUGUAAGCGGCCGUUACAGGCUUCGCGUGGACUUGGAAGAUCUUCAUGGCAGUACAGCAUUUGCAGAGUACAGCUCAUUCGCUGUCAUGAGCGAAAGGGUGAAAUACAAACUGAGUUUGGGAAGUUAUUCAGGUAGGUCUCAUUAUCACACCCCAAUCUUCUCGCCCAAGGUAUCAAAAAUGAAGCUAAGCUUGAGUUUAGUAAACACUCGCCAUGUAGUGUAAAUUGAGUAUCAGGUCUUCUGUUAAAAAAAAAAAAGCCUCAGUACCCAGGCAACUGCACCGACUCGCCCCACCCCAGGCUGCAUGCAGUCUCGUCCCCAGGCUAGUUCGCGCUAAAAGAAUGAGUGGAGGAGGCUUGGUACUGUACAAACUCGCCGAGGACAACUGGUAAUUUGAAUCUGGGCUAUAUGAUAUAAGUGCAAGUUUGGUCUGACUACUGCGUCAGUGUUAGUCAAUCUAAAAAGACAACUUGCGUUUUGAAACUUCUAGACCUUGUAAAUUUUAAAAAUCUGUUUGAACAAAAUUUACUCAUGAUGAAUAGAUACAGUAGGUAAAUUUUUACUGGACACUUGGUUUCGCUUAGACAGCAACCUAGCAAUAUUACAAAUUUGAACCGACUACUGUGUCGGUGUGAAUCAAUUUAAAAAGAGAUCUUGGGUUUUGAACCUUUUAUUGUUUGUAAUCUAUUUAAACCAAAUUUAGCUACACGAUGAAUAGAUAUUUAUAAUUUUCUGAUCACUUGGUUUCCCUUAGUCAAACAAGUCGUUAAAUCUUAAGCCUUACGUCCACCUCACAAGAAAAAACUGGGACGCUAUAAUUUAUGGUGUUGUUGUUGACUUUUUUAAAGGUACCGCUGGAGAUUCCCUUGGUUAUCACAGAGGAUAUCCAUUCUCCACCAAAGAUCGUGAUAAUGACAGCGCAGGUAACUGUGCCCAGGGCCAUAAAGGCGCCUGGUGGUAUAAGAGUUGCUACGAGUCCAACCUAAAUGGUCUGUACCUCCAUGGAAAGGUUGAUACUAAGGGGAUCGUUUGGCGAACAUGGAAAAAUAACUACUACUCUGUCGAGAGAUCUGAGAUGAAGAUGCGUCCAAAAGAUUUUUAA